AGGACGUAAAAGUGGAUGAGGAAGCGUGUGAUUCCCCAUCCACUUGUAACUUCCGUGUUUCGAAGGCUAUCUUGCUGGGUCAAGCGGUUUAUCACAAUGAGGUCCAUCCCAGAAGACUUAACAACACUCAUUUCAGAUCUGGAAACAUUUUUGACGGAUGUCCUUAAAGGGGAGAAUUUGAGCAAGAAAGCAAAAGAGAAAAAGGAUGCCUUUAUCAAGCGCAUUAAAGAUGUGAAAACGAGCUACUCUCAAGAAUUCAAGGACAAACGAGAUGAAGAGUUCCCAGAGCCAGACGAAGCAGACACCAAUGAUGGAGGAUCGCUGCACUCAGAGCAGGCUGACAGGGAUGAUGAAAACGCUUAUGAUGGAGUUCAACAGUCUCCUGCAGUGGCAGCUCAAGAUCUUCAAUCUGUUUUUAAGAGUGGCUACCUGGAGAAGCGCCGAAAGGAUCACAGCUUCUUUGGCAAUGAGUGGCAGAAGAGAUGGUGCGCCUUAAGCAGCAACAUAUUCUACUACUAUGGAAGUGAAAAAGAUAAACAGCAGAAGGGAGAGUUUAAUAUCGUCGGAUACUCCGUCAAAAUGAACAACACCCUGCGGAAAGAUGCAAAGCGAGAUUGCUGCUUUGAGAUCUCGGCUCCAGACAAGCGUGUAUAUCAGUUCUGUGCUGCGUCCGAGAAAGAUGCAAAAGAGUGGGUGGAGCACAUUGACUUUUUGAUUAAAGACAUGGGUGGAAUCAUUCCUGAAGAUGAAGAAGAAUAUGAUGACUGCUUAACUGUGUCCCAAUCAGCCAUGCCAGCAAUUAUCGAUGAUGACAUCUAUGAAGAACUUCCUGAGGAAGAAGCACCCCAGCCUGUUAAACCAACAGUGACCCUGGCCAACAAACCUCCACCACCAUCUAACCCUGUGACAGCAGUGAACAAGAGCACAGACUAUGAAAACUACUUCCAGGGCUUGUGGGAUUGUGCUGGUGACCAUCCCGAUGAGCUGUCCUUCAAGAGAGGAGACACCAUCUACAUCCUCAGCAAGGAAUACGACAUGUUUGGUUGGUGGGUGGGGGAGAUGAAAGGGCUCAUCGGAAUUGUGCCUAAGGAGUAUCUCAUGGAGCUGUAUGCGCUGUAAGAGGUCUGAAGAAUCUCUGUAGCUUCAUGUUCUACAAGUUGCCAUCUCAUUCUGUGUGUUUCUAAUAUUUUAUGUACUAUGUAAAGCAAACUGCCUGUUCAAAAGCACAAUUGAUUGUAUGUUCAGUGAAGGAUGUGAUGCUUUUCUCUAAUUAUUUAAUUAACUUGCUCUAAUAUUUAAUAGGAAUUGUUGAUUGAAUGUAAAUCUCUUUUUUUUUUUCGUCUUUCAAAUAUAUGGUGUUCUAAGCAAAAAGCUAUAUGAAAUAAAGCUUCCAUGUUAACGUUA